AUGGGGUUUCUGACGGAUCAUCAGCACACGCUGAUAACGGACGUGAUCGAUAAGGUGGUGACUAGCGAGCGGUACACGCUAGAAGUGGAGCUGGAACGCCUGGUGCAUUUGAUCAGGGCAGAGUCGGAGUAUGAAUACACGAACAACCAGCUGGAGGCCGCGCGGGCGCUGCGCAAGCAGCUCAAGUACGGCAACGUGGGGCAGCAGCUGCGGGCGCUGGAGCUGCUGAACCUGUUCGUGUCGCAGCAAAUGAAGUUUGCCGUGAUGUAUAAUGACGCGAAGCUGCUGCAGCGCCUGCAGGGGAUUGCGAUGAACACGGAGACGGACUCGCGUGGGCGGCGAUACGAGUCGCGUGUGGUCAAGCGCUGCGUGGGCUACGUGCUGGCGUGGGCCGGGUUUCUGGAGGGGCGGUCGCGCGCGUACGAUGGCCUGGUGCGACUCGGGGGGAUGGUCCGGCGCAACUACGCGCGCAGCACGGGCACCAGCCGGCGCGGAGGCUUCCUGCACGACAGCGCGGACGGUUCAAUUCACCCGGAGGAUACGCUCCGCUCGGCGCUCGCGUACCCGGCGGGCGACGAGGACAAGAUCAAGCUGCUGAUCAGCGACGCCGUCGCAACCGCGCUCGCUCUACAGAAUGCACUGCUCGCGCUGCCGGUGGGCACCCGUGCCGUGGAAAGUGCGGACGCCGCCGAGAAGUUCACACAGGCCCGGGAGCUGCGUCGCAAGGUCCUGCGUUAUCUGCAGCUCGUGAGCGGCGGCGACCUACUCGGCCCGCUCCUGCACGCCAACGAGGAGCUUGUCGCGGCCCUCAUGCGCUUCGACGAGCUCUCCAACACCGCGGACUCCUCGGGGUCCAGCGAUGAGAGCGAAGACACAACGCUCGAAAACCCGUUCGGCGACCAGAACAAGAUCUGA